AUGGGAUUUGUAUGCUCUAAACAAAAAGAAAAUCAUACGGAGAAGAGAGUUGAAAUAAAAAAGCAGGAGGACAUUCGACAAAGUGUGAGCACUACUAAAGAGGCGAUUGACUUUGUAGAAAGCAACUCAUUGGCGAAUGUGAUGAGAACUAAGCCUAUAAAAUCUUAUUUGGUGGAGCAAAUUGAGAAAUAGUAAAUUCAGAUGGAUUCAUGUGAAAUCUUGGCAGAGAGAAUAGAGGCUAAAUCCUAAUUAAUAAUUCGAAGCUAUAAUCAUUUCACUGAGAAAGCUUUGAAAAUAAAGUCGAAAGUACUAGAGUAUUAUCGAAAUGAAUACCUGAAUUAUAUAAAUUCCAAUCUUGAUACAAUUACAAAUAUAGAAUUUAUAUAAAAAGAAACAAUUUAAUUACUAGUAGAAACAACAAUCAUUUUGAAUUGUCUAAUGGAUAAGAACUUUGACGAUGAAAUUGAACUAUGGUGGGGAAACAAUUACUUUAGUGAUCGAAUUUAACAUUUAGCUCUUACUGCUACUGAUUGUUCGGAUAACACAGACGCCAUUACUACUCCUAUAAUACAAUACAUAAAUGCAUUGAGGAACAAAAUACUUCAAGUGAUACCAGUCCAAACUAAUCAACCUAAGUCCAUUGCAAAUAGUGUUGCUAUUGCUAAUGUCCACUUAACUCAAUUCUAUCAAGAUCUUAAGUUGGAAUUUGCAAAAAAGGUUGAUGAAGAAGAUGAAAACUAUUGA